GAAGUUCUCCCCCUGUUCCCCCUUCUCUUUCUCGUCAGGGCAGUUUAUCCGUUUGCUGCGUAGCUGAGUCAGAGGCAUGUGGAGGCUGCCUGGCUGUUGUUAGCAGCCGGGCUCUUUGGGGACCUACAACCCUUCAAGUUACUUGAACUACAAGUAGAAAGUCAUCGGGCACUGUCGGGAGAAUGUCACGGAAAAGCUCCAGAGAAUCCAAAAAAGUUAAUGUUUCCAGCUCCUUGGAAUUGGAAGAUAUAAGCUUGGAGACUACAGUACCCACUGAUGAUAUUUCUUCCUCAGAAGAUCGGGAAGGUCCCGUCAAAAUUACUAGACAGCUGAUUGAGAGGAAGGAGCUGCUUCAUAAUGUGCAGUUGCUGAAAAUAGAACUUUCCCAGAAGAACUUGAUGUUAGACAACUUGAAGGUGGAAUACCUGACUAAAAUUGAAGAACUGGAAGAAAAGCUUAAUGAUGCUCUCCAUGAGAAACAGCUGCUAUCUUUACGACUAGAUAACCAGUUGGCAUUACAGCAAGAAGAUGCUCGAAAACAUCAAGAACUAAUGAAACAGGAAAUGGAAACCAUCUUGCUGCGCCAGAAGCAGCUAGAAAAGAAUAACCAUCAGUUGAGAGAGCGGUCCGGAGAUAUUCGCCGCAGCUUGCGUGACCUUGAAUUGACUGAUGAGUGCUACACCAAACUCAAAUCUCUUUCAGAAGAUGAACUUUCAAUUCCCGAAUAUGUAUCUAUUAUAUUUUACGAAGCAGUACAUCCUUUAAAAAAGGAGCUAAAUGAACUACAGGUAAAGAAGGAUGCAGCAUCUGAAGAACUGAAUGAUUGCAAAUCUCAGUUGAAACACUUGAUGGAGAACUAUGAAGCAGAGCGAAGAAGUCGGUCAGAACUAGAAGUCAGAUGUCAGCGUUUAACACUUGAACUAGCUGAUACAAAGCAAAUGAUUCAUCAAGGCGAUUAUAGACAAGAGAAUUACGAUAAAGUAAAAGGGGAGCGUGAUGCAUUUGAACAUGAUUUUUCAGAGCUUCGAAGAAAAUACGAAAUAUUGGAAGUAUCACACAAAGCACUAACCAAAGAAAGAAAUGAUUUAUCAAAAGAGGUUGCAGCUUUACAGCAGUCUGUUACCUUACUGCAAAAAGAUAAGGAUUACCUCAAUCGUCAAAACAUGGAGCUUAAUGUUCGCUGUGCUCAUGAAGAAGAUCGUCUUGAAAGGCUUCAGGUUCAGCUAGAAGAUGCUAAGAAGGCCAGAGAAGAAAUUUAUGAGAAAUAUGUCACAUCCAGAGACCAUUAUAAAACAGAAUAUGAAAACAAACUGCAUAAUGAAUUGGAACAAAUAAGGCAGAAGACAUCUCAAGAAAUAGAACAGCUUCGAACAGCUACAAAGGAAAUGUAUGAACGUGAAAACAGAAAUUUAAGGGAAGCCAGAGAUAAUGCUGUGACUGAAAGAGAGAGAGCUAUUGCAGGUGAAAGAGAUGCUUUAGGAAAACAUGAGCAGCUUUUAGAACAGUACAGACAACUGCAGAUCAGCACAGAAAGCAAAGUAGCCGAACUGUUCCAUCAAAAUAAACUGAAGUUGUUUGAAAACGAACGUCUACAGCUGAUGCAAGAAGAAACCUCCAAGAACCUUUCACAGUGUCAACUGGAAUGUGAAAAAUAUCAGCGAAAACUAGAGGUUUUAACCAAAGAAUUUUAUAAUCUUCAAGCACUGAGCGAGAAACGGAUUUCAGAACUUCAGGCACAAAAUUCUGAGUACCAGGCAAGGCUUGACACGUAUGAAAAGCUGGAAAAAGAACUUGAUGAGAUAAUCAUGCAAAGUGCAGAACUUGAAAGUGAAGAAGAGGCAGAGAGAGUUCUGUUCUCCUAUGGAUAUGGUGCAAAUGUCCCCACAACAGCCAAAAGGCGGUUGAAGCAGAGUGUUCAUUUGGCAAGAAGAUUGCUGCAGCUAGAAAAGCAAAACACGUUGCUUGUAAAAGAUCUGGAACAUCAGAAGGAACAAGUUGCCCAAAUUUCACAAGAGCGGGACAGAGGUAAUUCGUUGAACCAAGUACAACAGCCUUACAGGUAUCUCAUUGAGUCUGUACAACAGAGAGAUUCUCAGAUACUUUUACAGAAAGAACAAAUUGCACAGCUUGAGAAGGAUAUUAGUCUUUUAAAUAAAGAAAGGCGGCUUUGCUGCGUGUCAAGAAUCAAAUGGCAGCAGAUUUAGAAAGACUUCUAAAUCACCGUGAGGAACUAGCUGUGAUGAAACAGAUGUUGAUUCGUCUUCAUGGUAAACCCCAAGGAGAUAGUUUGCCCCAGAAACAGA